CGCUAUGAGGCUCAACUGCUAUCCGACAUCUGAUUGGAUGCACUGCACCGCGGGCUUACGUACCUCUCGCGAUUUAAUUUCUAGGGGGUAGGGACAAGGGAGUCGUGACUUGGGAGAGCGUCCACUGCCAUCGAAGUACAAGGAAACGGAUAGUGCUAGCUCUCGUUCUUCGUAGGAUUUUUCCUUUCAAAGGUUGAACCAUGGCCCGUACCAAGCAGACAGCUCGUAAGUCUACUGGAGGUAAAGCACCUCGUAAACAGCUUGCCACAAAGGCAGCUCGUAAGAGUGCACCUUCUACGGGUGGUGUAAAGAAACCACAUCGUUACAGGCCAGGUACGGUAGCUCUUCGAGAAAUCAGAAGAUAUCAAAAAUCUACUGAAUUGCUGAUCAGAAAGUUACCCUUCCAACGAUUGGUUCGUGAAAUUGCACAGGAUUUUAAAACCGAUCUACGUUUUCAAAGUGCUGCUAUCGGAGCUUUGCAGGAAGCUUCAGAAGCAUACUUGGUUGGUUUGUUUGAAGACACCAACUUGUGCGCCAUUCACGCCAAGCGUGUCACAAUCAUGCCCAAGGAUAUCCAGCUAGCUCGGCGAAUUCGUGGCGAGCGUGCUUAAAUAACAUGUAACUCCCAUACAUACCAUUUAUUGCUAUUAUUAUCAUCAUUAUUAUUAUUAUUAUUAUUAUUAUUAUCAUUCGUAACGAGAUCAUGGAUGAAACAUUUUCAUUCCAAGCUACAUAUUAUUUCGUACUCCAUAAAAGUGUACAAGUUAUAAAAUUGUCAUUUCUUCUAGUAAGAAUAGAAAAUUCAGAACUUUGAUAAAUUCAUUCAUGAAAUUGGUAUAAACUAUUUGGAGAAUUGAAAUGGUAAUAAUUUUUUUAUGUUAUCACAUAAACGUGUAAACUCUGUUACAUUAUACAAAUUUUCAGUUAUAAAUAUUAAUUCUUUUUGUUCUUUAGUUUAUAUAUUUUUUUAAUCAUAUUACUUUUUAUCCGUAGAAUAAGAACAUCAAGAUCUAAAAUACGUUUAGAAGUGAAAUGGUCUUGAUAAAAGACAAAAGAAAUUGUUAAUUCUUCUAAAAGUACUUUUAGGAUUAAAACGCAUCUGCUGCAAGUUUUCAUUAUAAUUCUCUACUAUAUAUAUAUAAUUACUGAAGUACAUACAUCAUCAUCAUUAUUGAUACAGUACAUAGAGAGAGAAAAAAAAAAUGUGCAUUAGAAGGUAAGACAGUUUCUUUAUAGGAAUCCAAUGUAGUGUUUACUGUACUAGAACUCUGGUUGUACUACAAUUACAUAUCGUAUUUCAAUCAGAAAAGUACUCGCUGUUCGUGUAAAGAUAAACGUUUCAUAAAUAAAACAUAAAAAUAUUGACUUA